AUGUCGCCUGCAACCCUUCAGGUCAAUCCUUCUUCGAAGCUGCCAUCGCCCGGGUUCAACGCCGGUGCGCGACCAUACCGAUCGCACAAGGUCCGCGCCUGUGACCUGUGUCGCAAGCGCAAGUCCCGAUGCACGGUCGAUAUCCCGGGCCAAUCCUGCCUCCUAUGUCGCGUACAGGGGGCAGACUGUCACUACCAAGAGGAGCCCAAUCCGGACUCCUCGGUGUUGAGCACAACGGAAACCAAGCCGUGGUCGGGAGGGCCGCCGGCCGAACCCGUGUCGGGGCAGAAGCGCAAGCGCAGCCCUGAUCGGAUUGACCGGAUGCCCGUUUCGCGUCAGUCAACCAAUGGACCAAGUCCGCAAGGGACAACUUCCUCUGGUCGCCGUGGAAGUGAUGCGCGGCGGAAAGAUGACGACCCGCACAAUGAGUCAGUCCUGAUUGUCGGGCCUAUGGUUGCGGAGGAUGCGCAAGUCAUUGAGCAGCAUAUGCCCCCUGAGCGGUCCUUGUCUGAGGAACCGAAUAGCCACCCAUACAAUAUCUACUCGAGUGAUCCCCGGAAGCCUGUUCUCUAUACCACUAUCUCGCGGCGGAGGAAGGGAAUGCGCCGGGGAGUUCCGCCUGGUGAAAAUCAGAGGGAGAUUCUGGAGCAGAUCCUAGGACCUUUCAAACACGACCUUGUCAGACUCUUCAUCGACCGAUUCAACGUCGCAUUCCCGAUUUUUGACGGCGAACAGUUCUGGGAGUCUUAUAUCACAGAAGGAUUAGAGGAUCCCCCGGCCUCGUUGAUCUGUCAAGUAUAUUCAAUGUCUCUCGUAUAUUGGAAACACACCCAGAAGCUAUCAUGCCAUCCGAAGCCCGACGUUCGAUACGCGGUCAACAUGACAGUGGCUGCUUUGCACGAGGAGUUUUCUGCGCCUGGACUUUCCACAAUUAGCGCGGCGUUGAUUGACUUGACGGGAAGGCCUAUCUUCUCCAUGACCGGAAAUGCCAUCAGUUGUGGACGGAUGUGCUCUUUGGCCAACUGUCUCGGUCUCAACCGUGAUCCGAGCCAUUGGAAGCUUUCGCAACAGGAGAAAGAUCAGCGCGUACGACUCUGGUGGGGUGUCGUAAUUCAUGAUCGCUGGGGAAGCUUUGGUCACGGUGUACCGCCACAGAUCGCCAAAACACAAUACGAUGUACCCUUGCCAACUGUUGAUAGCCUGGUUCCUCCAAAUCUUCGCACCACCGAACGUGUGAGGGCCGCCCACUGCCAUAUCUUCUUGUGCAAGUUGACCGAGAUUCUUGGAGAGCUGUUGCCUUUGGUCUACGGCUUGCAGGCCAAACCGGCACGCGAAAGCUCCAAGAAGAUUCGACAAAUUCGGACGGAUCUGGAUAUGUGGGAAGACUCUCUUCCCGAGUGGUUGAGAUCACCAGUGAAUAACCGCGGCGAGCAAUUGUCUGCUUCCAGCAGCUUGCAGCUUGCGUUUUUGGCAGUCAAGAUGCUGGUUAGCAGAGUGGAAUUGAAUGAGGUCAACAACGCAGAGACCGACAACCCCGAGGCUCGUCGCUACUUCCAAACCGAAUGCCGCAGGUCCGCAGAAGAGAUCGUGCGCUUCAUCACCUCCCUACGAAAAGACAACUUCAAAGAAUUCUGGCUUCCUUACAGCGCCUUCCAUCUCACCUCCACAGCCACCCUCUUGGUCCGCUGCGCCCUCGAAACAAAUGACGCCGAAGUAGCACGCUCCUGUCUCACAAAUGUCGAAACCCUGCGCAACGUGCUCCGCCGCGUUCGAGAAGAAGAAGACUGGGAUGUAGCAGAUAUGUGCCUAGAUCACUGCGAACGAAUCAUGCACCGACUGCCCGGUACAGGUGCUACCAUCGACCAACCGCUUACUGCGGCGGCAAUGGUUGAUAAUGGGCUGGUCAACCCAGCUGCGAUUUCGCUGCCUGAGACACAAACCAACAAUGAUAUUGUGGAUGACAUGAUGUCGAUUUCGAAUACUUUUGGUACCAUGGAUGGUUUCCCCUUCGAUAUGACGGGUAUCUGGGAUGUUUCCGUCUUCCAAGAUGUAAAUCUGCAUGAUGGAUGA